UUGUGCUCUGUGGUGCUACGUAUUGUAGGUAUCGCGGACAUGGUUGGCGAAGCAGCAGCUCAACACCGCACACCAUGAUGGAUCCACCCGUUGAGAGUCUUUAUAACGAGAGUAACCAUGAUGUGGCUGAAGCAGAAGGGAUGCCAGAAUUGUUGGAGAAAGAAACGAGCGAAGGAAUCGCUGUGCCGGUUGAUGUGGCCCCAGCGAAUGCUAAUAUAUGUAGAAGCAGUCCUGUGAAGGAGUCGGAGAAGGCGGUGGAUACCAAGGCAGGAGCUACCAAGAGAAGUACUAGUAGUAGUAGUACAAAGAGUUCACGUUCACAAGGAAGAGGAGACCGAGGUCGGCAGAGAUCGCCUCGACGAUCCACCGUGAGUGAUGGUCAACGCUCCAAGUCUCUGGUCCUCUUGAAGAGCGAAAAGACAACAGGACAAUCUACUACUAGUAGUACUCCUACCGAUGGUUCCUACCAGCAAGAAUUGGAAAAGGUCUCUCAACAAAUCAACGAGGUAUUUGAUGAAGUGGACCACAAGAGAAACAACAGCACCAACAAUAAGAGCACAUAUGAAUCGGAACUGGAAAAAAUCGAAAAUGAGAUCAAUGCCACAUUUGCUUUUAUUCAAGACAGCAAAGAGGCUGUCGGUCGAGUCAGCGAUGCCAACAAGGUCAUGUCGCGACGCAAUCUCAUGGCACUGAUUGAAGAUGAUGAAGAAGAGGCUAUUGAACAACAAUUCAUCAAAACCAUGUCGCAGCGUCGCCUUACCGUUGUCCACGAUGAAGAUACCAAGAAACAGGAUCCACUGGUUGCUUCCAAACACAAACUGAGACAAAUGAGGAAACAACGGUCUCUCGACAAACAGCAGCGACAUGGUGGUGGUGGAAGAGACAUACAUGUAGAAACGACAACACGGCGGUCUAGACGUCCCAGAGAACCUGAAUCUUCCUCAUCAUCCUCAAGACGAACCAGGACUUCCAACAACAGAGAUUCUUCCUCUUCCAACAAUGACCGCUCGGAGGAUCGGCGACGAAGCGGUCGUCGUAGUACAAGGUCUUCCAGAACUACAGGUGGCAGUUCACGAGUCCGAGACAGCAGCAAUCGCCAAUCCAGGCCGGUUACAAUCGCAGAAGAACAACAACAAAAGGAUACCAAUGCAGCCAACAAAUCGUCUUCCGUUGCCGAGAGUAGUAGUGCUGCCAAGGACAACCGUGACGCUGCAGAUAAAGGACUGGAAACUCCAUCAUCUUUGUUGGUUCCCGAAAGUAUCAAGUCCAACGAGAAGAAUACGGAUGGACGCGACAACGAUAAUCACGAUCCAUCCACCACUGAACAGAGAAAGGAAACCGAAGAGGAAGCACGCAGACGGCGUCGCAAACGAUACGAAGAAAGAAAGCUAAGAAAGCGGCGGGAAGGAGCCGAAAAUGAUGAAAGCCGUCGCCGACGUCGAACGCGAAGCCAUCGUUCCGGCAAUGCACCAAACUCAUCGUCUUCUGCAAUGUCCAACAACAACAACAACAACAACAACAACAAAGAUCGGUCGUCUGCUGCAAGGAGACAUGCCGACAAGACAACUUCUUCUAACAACAAUCGUCGAUCAUCAAGGUCUCCUCGACCACAAACAAGUUCUAGUAGGAACGGACGGUCUUCGUCGGGCGUUGAACCCAUCCGUCGAACUCGAUCAAGAUCCAUGAACAGUAAGGGUACAUCGUCACCGAAUAGUCGCAAACGAAACAUGAUGGCAAGGAUCAAGUCAAAAUCCAAGCUCUACCUGCAAGACGAGCCGGAGAGGUUUCUGGAUUGCACCCAGGAACGGGAAGGUAUCAAGGCGCAAGGACUUAGAAUGGUCCGACUCCAGCAACAAUUGCGGGAUGUGCAGGCAGCAGAAAGGGAGGAAGUGGAAACAAUUCGACAAUCACAUUCGACAAUCACAUCCAAUAAGGACGUCUUGAAGUUGCUGCAAAUGGAACAAAAGGCGUUGAAGGAACAAAACAUGCACGCCAAACAAGCAAUCUUUGCCCUGCACCAAGACACUGUGGCAUUGGAAAAGGCGCAUCAAGAGACCUUUGCACUUUACAAAAAGAUUGAGAACAUUCACCAGGCUGAAGUCACCAAACACAAGGCAUUGGUCAAAAACUUGCCUCAUUUUGAAGAAAAUCUCCGGCUUCGAGCCCAAAAGAUUCACCAGAGGACCAUUGCAAUUGAAUAUGAACGGAGUAUUUAUGAGAUCUGCAACCGAUACAUGGCCAAAAUAGUCAACAGUGUUCAAGAAAAGUGUGAUCAACCUGACCUUGUGGUGAAGAUCGGUGAACUUGCACUUGGUGAUGAUCAAAAAGAGACAUUACAGAUGACCGAUCACGAACGGAAGACGCUUCUGGUGGAUACUGAAGACUCAACUUCCGAAGAAGCAGAAUCCUCCUCGGAAUAUGAAAGCUCGUCUGGCGAGUACGAGACGGAUUCGCACGAUGAUGACGAGGAUGAUAGUGAGUACAGUUACGAAUCAUCAUCAGAAGCUGAUGAUGAAGGAAUUGGCGACAGCUAAGUGUUAUAAUUGACAAAGAAAACUAUGUAGCAGCUCAUAGGCUUGAGCCACCUCGUACUACCAUCUCUGGCUGAUGUUUCAUCCGUACCAUGAACAUGUCAUGACCUAGAUCUGCAACCGAUACAUGGCC